AUGGACUACCUCGAACUAGACGAUGCCGCUACCCAGGCUUUCGAGGAGCUAGGCGGCGACUCCACCUCAGCACACAUCCCAUCGAGACCUUCCAAGUCUAUGUAUACUUCUACCACCUCACGCACACGUCCCCGUCCCAACGCUCUCGGCCUUCCUCGCGUACCACAACUUGAGAGUGGCGUUGGAGAAGACAGUGAAUCGGGGUUUUGUCGGCUGUCUCAAUCCAGCAUCAACGCUCUUGAUGCUUGGGUCGAGAAGCACUGUCCGAAUCAGAAGUUCAUUAAUAUUAGGAUUGGACUUGCGCAUAAAGAUACUGGAGUGCUGCCUUUGCUGGGGUGGGAUCCGACACUGCCUCACCAUAGGCCUGAUCUCCCUGUCGUGGGCAUCCCUGAUGGAGAGGAGGGAUCAGAGUACCCCGUUCGCUACUUCUUCUAUGACGGGCGUGUUAGGGUUUGUGCGGGGAGGUAUAAAGCGUUGGUUGAUGAGCCGGGCGCUGUGAUGGGUGGUCUUGCAUUCUCUUGCGAGUCAGUUGAUCAGGAAGAGGCAUUGAGGGCGUAUGAGGGGGAUUCGUAUGAGGUUGUUGCUGCGAGGUUGGUUGUGGACGGGAGGGAGGUCGUGGGAAGGACAUUUCGGUUUGCGGGAUGUGAGGAGGAGUUGAGUGAGUGA